AUGGAGGACCAAGCCAUGGAAGCGGAGUCUCAUCAUGCGCCAGAGAGUGAAUUCCCACAUUCACCAUGGGUUGAAAUCGGCGCAUUUGCUUCUCCUCAACACUCGCCCCCGAUGCCCGAAUAUAGUGGAUUUGAUUAUGGUCCUUCCCAGCUCAUGGCUGUGGAUACUUCGUAUGGCAUGUCAAUACCGCCGCCAUACGCCUCUAUGCCACUACCCAUGCCUUCGCAUGCCUGGCCCAGCAUGCUUACAACAACCAACCCGUUUCCUGAGUCGAGACUGCCUGUCUCCACUCCAACUUCGGCCUCGCCUUCUGCUCCUAUGCCUCCCAUACGAAAAACCUCGACUGGUGGAUCUACACCUCGCAGGACGCUGACCGACGAGGACCGCCGUCAAAUGUGCAUUUAUCACGAGGAAAACAAGACUGCUAAGCAGACUGAUAUUGGAGCAUUGUUUGGAGUUGAGAGAAGCACCGUCUCUAAAGUCCUUCGCCAGAAGGAAAAGUACCUAAACCCGGAUGAUGGAACCCGUUCUCCCAUCAAGCGGGCCAAGGGCAGAGUCCCUGAUAUUGAAAAAGCUCUAUCCAACUGGGCGACAAAGUAUCAGCGUCAAGGCCAUGCCUUGAACGAUGAGAUGAUCAAGGAAAAAGCCCUCUUCUUCGCCAGCACUUGCGGCCCUGAAGGCAAAGAAAAGGUCUGCAGCACAGCCUGGCUGGAAAAAUUCAAACACAAGAACAAUCUACUCGGUGCAAAGAUGCGUAGGGGAUCUACCGAAAUCCGCAGUGGAUCAAACAGCCCUACACAUCUCAACACCGAUUUUGGAUCUGCUUUACAAAGUCCAACCGGGCCUUCACCCACGUCUCCAGUUGAUGGCUUCGGAUCUCCGCUGUCUCCAACGAGCCACGAAGGAAUCAAACGGAACAUGAUUGAACUGCCCGGUCUGACAUGUGGAUACCAACACGGCUAUUCCAAGAGCACCACCUCUCUCGAUACAUCCUCGUCAGCCGGUAUGAUCAGCCCAACCUCAACCCUGCUCUCUGACAGCCCUUUCACACCAACGAGCCAAUCCCGUCUCCCAGCCGUCAAUUACAGCGCCAAUAGUCGGCCACGCAGCCAAACCUUCCCGCUCGUACCCAUUGAUCCAAGCCUCCUUUCAGCCGAUGAGACCAUGGACCUACAGCACCGAAAGAGCGAACUCCAGCCAUCCCUCUCAGUUGCCACCUUGGAAUCCCCGAUCGAGAUGGACGAGCCCAAAUCCCUAGUGUGUUCCCCCCGCCAGAAAAACGUUAUCAAGCGCAACCGCAGCAACCCAGAAAUCAAGACUAACUCCAUGCCACCCCCGUCCAAGUCAACGACCAUUUCCCCGAUCAGCUCUCCAGGCUCUCCGACCCAGGACGAGGCUCGUCGUGCGCUGGAACUCGUUAUCAACUACUUCGGUCAUCAGCCCUCUGGCCUGGCCGCGCAAGAUUAUAUGACCAUCGGGAAGCUGAUGGAGAGGCUAGAUAUCGCAAAGAAUCAGCCGGGAUUCAUGUUGGGCGGCUUGCCUCGGAUCGACGAACAUGAGGAUAUCCCCAUCCAGCGCGUGACCAAGAAGAGGAGCAUUCACAAUUUGGGAUGA